UGGCUGUGGUAUGGACAAUCCAAAAUCCAAGAUGGCGGCCACCAUGGCUAUUUUUUGGAACAUCCAUUUAACUUGUGCUGUUGCGUUUCUUGUGCGAAUAGGGCUUAUGGUGUACGGUGAAUGGCAAGACAGGACCAUGGCUGUCAAGUAUACGGACAUCGAUUAUCACGUAUUCACGGAUGCGGCAAGACAUGUUUUUUACGGGCGAUCGCCAUACGAACGCGCCACCUAUCGCUAUACCCCUCUAUUAGCCAUGCUUCUAACGCCAAACAUCUCGCUCAAUAUCGCAUUCGGGAAGGUCCUCUUUAUCCUCUUUGAUAUCUUGAGCGGAUUCUUGAUUUUUGCGAUUCAAAAAGAGAGGGGGUUAUCGUACAAAACUUGUGUUGUUAGUUCGUGGUUCUGGUUUUUUAACCCGAUGCCAGCGACGGUUUCUUCCCGAGGCAACGCGGAAUCCAUCAUGGCCGCCCUUGUGUUGAUAACUCUUUACUUUGCUUUAAAGCGGAAGGAAGUGUUGACAGGGUUUUUUCUUGCCCUUGCCGUGCAUUUUAAAAUAUUUCCUAUAAUUUAUAGUCUGCCAUUGUUUUUACUUAUCGGAGAGCGUUGUCGUGAUGCCAGUUUGUCGAAAAGCUGGUCAAAUGGGGGGCUUGAGCUCUGUAAAUCUUUGCUUGGGUAUAUCUUCCGGCCAGCAAGAGUCAUCCUUGUCUUGGUGUGUGUGACGACACUUGUUGGACUUACAUUGGGGCUUUACGUGAGCUAUGGGUUUGAGUUCCUGGAACAUACCUACUUGUACCACGUUACCAGGACAGACUUAAAGCAUAACUUCUCAGUGUACUUCUACAUGUUGUAUCUGACACAAGACAUGCCCUGGUCAAGAGUGAUUGGAUUGCUUGCAUUUGUUCCCCAGCUUGUUAUGACUGUGUUUCUCGCCUUCAAAUAUUACAGGGAUAUAUGCUUCUGUUGCCUGUUGCAAACCUUUGCUUUUGUCACCUUUAACAAAGUCUGCACGUCACAGUACUUCCUAUGGUACUUGUGUCUACUCCCGCUGGCCGUUCCCUACAUCAGGGUCAGUUUGAGUCGUGCCUUGGUUAUGGCCAUCUCUUGGUUUGCUGCUCAGGGUCUGUGGCUGCUGGCUGCCUAUUAUCUAGAAUUCCAGGGAUUCAACACCUUUAUCUUUAUCUGGCUGGCAAGCAUUGUAUUCUUUGUGGUCAAUUUGUGGAUUUUAGUUGAAUUUAUAAAGAGCUAUCAGCCAUUAACAAAAUCAGACUCUAAAAAGUCUAAUUAAAGUGCAAAAGGUCAUUAAUUAAAGAGGCAUGCAAUAGAAGUAAAUAGUUAUGUUUAUAAGUAUGCUGUGGUUUGGAAAUAUAUUGAGCACAGUUGAAAUUCUAAAGGUGAUAGCCAUUUUAUUUAAAAGCCUAAUAAAAAUUUAUGUAUUAUGUAGUUUUUUUAAUAUUUAAGAAUAACUGAUUCAUGUAAACUUCUCUAAAGCAUUUCUUGAUAAAAUCAUGCAAACUAGAUAAAAUUGGUAAUAACUGAGUAUUUUGUAAAAUUUAUGUCACAUGGAAUAUAACUAAUCUUAGAAAGCUCAUAUUAUUGUUCAUAAUCUUGUAAUACAGUUUGGUUUGAGGAUGUAUUUUCAACAGCCUCAGCCUGCAAAAAGUGCUGAAUGACUUCAGACAACACAGUCUUAGGGUGUGUGGAUAAUGAAAACCACUCUGUCAUCUUGUAUACAGCGUACGGUUGUGAAAAUGCACAAUGCUACAUGUGUUAAACCAUCCCUUGCCGUGAAAUCCCCAGCCUAUCUUGUAGGCCCUUGGUAGUUUUUCUAAGAUCUCUCUCUAUCAGUUCAAGCUGAUGUCUGGUUCUUGACGUGUCAAAUGCUGGUGGCGGUUUCACAGUCCUCGCUUUUGCCAGGUGUGCAGAAACUGGUCGAGGUUUCUUGCCACUCUCUGGGCGGUCACGCCGAACUAAAAUAAUAAUUAAAAUCAUCAAGUUGCUGAAUAUUAGUAGGGUAAAAUGUUGUAUGUAAAUGUAUCAAUCAGAAUUGAAAGGCUAAAAAUGAGAAACAAAACAGAUGCAUGUGAACAUCCGAAAAAGGGGUCAAACACUGAAAAUGGCCAGGGACAAUGCGAAAGUGCAAUGGGAAAGUGAAGAACUAAGUGUGCAUGGUUACUGGAUGGAUAGUACAUAACCAAUAAAACAAAGAAUUAUGCCUACAGAAAAUGAGCAGAUGCGCGAGAACAAAAAGAAUUCAAGAAUUGCGCUUAGAUAUUAAGCGACGUGCAUGAAUUAUAAAGGGACAACAAGCGUAAAAAGUAAACAGGUGCGCGUGAAUGACCAGACUCGUGAUUAAACAGGUGCGCGUGAAUGAUCAGACUCGUGAUUAAACAGGUGCGCGUGAAUGAUCAGACUCGUGAUUAAACAGGUGCGCGUGAAUGAUCAGACUCGUGAUUAAACAGGUGCGCAUGAAUGAUCAGACUCGUGAUUAAACAGGUGGGCGUGAAUGAUCAGACUCGUGAUUAAACAGGUGCGCGUGAAUGAUCAGACUCGUGAUUAAACAGGUGCGCAUGAAUAAUCAGACUCGUGAUUAAACAAAUGCGCGUGAAUGAUCAGACUCUUGAUGAAACAGGUGCGCGUGAAUGAUCAGACUCGUGAUUAAACGCAUGUGAACAAUUAGAAUUAUGAUGAAACAACGAGAAGACGCAUGUGAACAAUCAGAAUUGUGAUGAAACAACGAGAAGAAGUGUGUGAACAAUUAGAAUUAUGAUGAAACAACGAGAAGGCGCAUGUGAACAAUUAGAAUUGUGAUGAAACAACGAGAAGAUGUGUGUGAACAAUUAGGAUUAUGAUGAAACAACGAGAAGACGCAUGUGACCAAUUAGAAUUGCGAUGAGACAACGAGAAGAUGUGUGUAAACAAUUAGGAUUAUGAUGAAACAACGAGAAGACGUGUGUGUACAAUCAGAAUUGUGAUGAAACAACGAGAAGACGUGUGUGAACAAUUAGAAUUGUGAUGAAACAACGAGAAGGCGCAUGUGAACAAUUACGAUUAUGAUGAAACAACGAGAAGACGCAUGUGAACAAUUAGAAUUGUGAUGAAACAACGAGAAGGCGCAUGUGAACAAUUAGGAUUAUGAUGAAACAACGAGAAGACGUGUGUGUACAAUCAGAAUUGGAAUGAAACAACGAGAAGACGUAUGUGAACAAUUAGAAUUAAGAUGAAACAACAAGAAGACGCAUGUGACCAAUUAGAAUUGUGAUGAGACAACGAGAAGACGUGUGUGAAUAAUUAGAAUUAUGAUGAAACAACGAGAAGACGCAUGUGACCAAUUAGAAUUGUGAUGAGACAAUGAGAAGACGUGUGUGAAUAAUUAGAAUUAUGAUGAAACAACGAGAAGACGUGUAUGAACAAUCAGAAUUGUGAUGAAACAACGAGAAGACGUGUGUGAACAAUCAGAAUUGUGAUGAAACAGUGAGAAGACGUAUUUGAACAAUCAGAAUUGUGAUAAAACAACGAGAAGACGAGUGUAAACAAUCAGAAUUGCGAUAAAACAACGAGAAGACGCGUGUGAACAAUCAGAAUUGUGAUGAAACAACGAGAAGACGCAUGUGAACAAUAAGAAUUGUAGCCUGAGUAUCAGGCGAUUUUAUUUUUCAAAAGUUGGAAAGGAAAAAUAAAAGUACGCCUGACACAAAUACUAGACGCGACGCCUGCCGCCCCUUUUCAGGCCACUGCCAAAAUACGUCGGCUGUCAAUUUCCCAAUGACUCGCGUGGUGGCAUAAUUGAAUGCCCAAAUCAUAUUAUAAUCAACAAUUAAAGUAAAAAAAAAAUACAUUGGUGCUAUAUGCAAGGGUAAUAAUUUUAGUAACGACGAACCCCAGUGAGGGUUACUUUAUGCUAAAUGAUUUGAAACGCAAAGAUAGUUCACGGCUCAGACGUGUGUAAACAAUUAGAAUUAUGAUGAGACAACGAGAAGACGCAUGUGAACAAUUAGAAUUGUGAUGAAACAACGAAAAGACGCAUGUGAACAAUUAGAAUUAUGAUUAAACAACGAGAAGACGUGUGUGAACAAUCAGAAUUGUGAUGAAACAACGAGAAGACGCAUGUGACCAAUUAGAAUUGUGAUGAGACAACGAGAAGACGUGUGUGAACAAUUAAAAUUAUGAUGAACCAAUGAGAAGACGUGUAUGAACAAUCAGAAUUGUGAUGAAACAACGAGAAGACGAGUGUAAACAAUCAGAAUUGCGAUAAAACAACGAGAAGACGCAUGUGAACAAUUAGAAUUAUGAUGAAACAACGAUAAGACAAGUGUGAACAAUCAGAAUUGUGAUGAAACAACGAGAAGGCGCAUGUGAACAAUUAGAAUUAUGAUGAAACAACGAGAAGACGUGUGUGAACAAUCAGAAUUGUGAUGAAACAACGAGAAGACGCAUGUGACCAAUUAGAAUUGUGAUGAGACAACGAGAAGACGUGUGUGAACAAUUAAAAUUAUGAUGAACCAAUGAGAAGACGUGUAUGAACAAUCAGAAUUGUGAUGAAACAACGAGAAGACGAGUGUAAACAAUCAGAAUUGCGAUAAAACAACGAGAAGACGCAUGUGAACAAUUAGAAUUAUGAUGAAACAACGAUAAGACAAGUGUGAACAAUCAGAAUUGUGAUGAAACAACGAGAAGACCCAUGUGACCAAUUAGAAUUGUGAUGAGACAACGAGAAGACGUGUGUGAACAAUUAGAAUUGUGAUGAAACAAUGAGAAAACGUGUGUGAACAAUCAGAAUUGUGAUUUAAUAAGGGACUGAGCGUAGUUUAUUAGUAAAACUUAUAUAUAGCAGAGUCACAUUGAUGUUCAACUGUACUUAUUUUUAGUAUUAACUGUAGUAUUCAAGGAUCCGGAGUAAAUAUGAAAAUAUUACCAAUAAAGGAAUGAGCGAUUUUCGCCUUUCUUUAGAAGUA